UAAACACACACGCACACAUAAAGGCACCUCUUCACGGCUACCACUCGCUCUUACAACAAUUCAGCUUGUAGAACAGAGAGGAGGCAAUGAGCAGCAGGGUGUGGUUUCCUGCGCUGGGGCUGGUGGCCUGGCUGUGCUGCCUCAGUCUGGGGCCCGUUCUGGGGGGGAAGGUGCUGGUCAUGCCUGUGGAUGGGAGCCACUGGCUCAGCAUGAAGAUCCUGGUGAAGGAGCUCAGCCGGAGGGGCCAUGAGCUCUUGGUGCUGGUGCCUGAAAGCAGCCUGUUGAUGAAUGACCCAGAUGGCUUCAAGACUGAGAUCUACCAAGUGCCCUAUUCCAAAGCUGAUCUGGAUGCAAAUAUCAACUCGCUGAGGGAAGGAGUGUUCAUCAAGACACCGGAACUCACGGAUAUAUUUAUCAACAUGCAACGUUUGAUUAACUUUACUUCUCUGCAGGUGAUAGGUUGCGACAGUUUGCUGAACAACCAGCCUAUAAUGAGCCGACUGAGGGGAGAGGGCUUCGAUGUGUUGCUUACAGACCCGUUCCUUCCCUGUGGCCCCAUUGUGGCUCAUAACUUUUCCAUUCCAGCUGUUUAUUUCCUGCGUGGAAUUCCAUGUGAGCUGGAUUUAAAGGCUAACCAGUGCCCCACUCCUCGUUCCUAUGUUCCUGUGUACUACUCUGGUAAUACACACAUCAUGACCUUCCUGCAAAGAGUGAAAAACAUGGUCAUGUCUAUUGUAGAGUCCUGCAUGUGCAAAGUACUAUUUUUUCAUUUUGAUGAUCUGACCAGCAGAUAUUUAGGAGAUGGCAUGACUUACCGGGAACUUAUCAGUCAUGCGGCUUUCUGGCUUCUCAGAUAUGACUUUGUUUUUGAAUGGCCCAGACCUGUCAUGCCAAACACAGCUCAUAUUGGAGGUAUCAACUGUGCAAAGAAAGCUCCUCUGCCAGCGGACUUGGCGGAGUUUGUGAAUGGCUCAGGAGAUGACGGCUUUAUUGUCUUUACCCUGGGUUCACUGGUGUCCAACAUGCCUGAGGACAAGGCUAAAGAGUUCUUUGAUGCCUUCCGGCAAAUACCACAAAGGGUUGUGUGGAGAUACACUGGAGUCCCACCUGUAGCUGUAUCCGAGAACGUCAAACUUAUGAAGUGGUUACCUCAGAAUGACCUGCUCGCCCAUCCCAAAGCUAAAGUCUUCAUCAGCCACGGAGGAACCCACGGCAUCUACGAGAGUAUCUGUAACGCUGUGCCCAUGGUGAUGUUUCCGCUGUUCGGGGACCAGGGCGAGAACGCACACCGCAUGGUGACCCACGGUGUGGCAGAGAAACUCAGUAUUAAUGAUGUGACGGCUGAAAAACUAUUGGCUGCACUAAACAAAAUCAUCCACGAGAAAAGGUACAAAGAGAAGAUGGUGGAGAUGUCGGAGCUACACCUGGACCGUCCUGUUCAGCCUGUGGACCUCGCCGCUUUCUGGACUGAGUUCGUCAUGAGGCACAAAGGAGGUGACCACCUGAGGGUAGCUGCACACGAGUUAAACUGGAUUCAGUACCAUUGCCUGGAUGUCGUCGGCUUUUUGCUCAUCAUUCUCCUAACUGCUCUGUGGAUAACACUCAAAUGCUGCAUAUUCUGCACACGCAAGUGUUUGAGGAAGGGGACUGCAAAGAAAAAGAAGGAGUAGAGUUACUAAUGCAACAUUUAUUAGGUUUAUAAGUUGUUUAAUGAAGUGAAUGGUGGAGGUUGAAGCACUGCAAUCACAUUUCAUACUGGUGCACUGUAUGUACUUACAUGUAAUUUAUACUGUGUGUAAUUGUGUGUGUGUGUGUGUGUGUGUGUGUGUGUGUGUGUGUCUGUAUGUAGAAUAUCUGUGUGUGUAUGUUGCUACAUUGUGCAUCAUGCUGACAAUGAUUGACUUCCAGGAAACAAAUAAAACUGGCUUUUUAACUUU